GCAUAUUAAGCAUAUACAUGUAUAGUCAAAGUAAAAUUUAAAAAUGAAAAUAAAGAUACGGUAGUGCGACAAAAGAAAACCCCUGAAAUAUGGUUCUUCACAAUUCACAUGUCUAACUACCGGUACACUAUCCUAUAGCCCAUUCUCUGUAUCCCCAUUCAUGAUUUCCUUCUACAAUCGCAAUUAGCAUGGACGUUAGAGGUAGAAGUUGCUAAAGUAUCCAAAGAGCAACUUCUAAGACACUUAAACAUUUGCCGUUUCAUCACAUUAUGAAAAAAAAUAGGACAUGUGCAUUUACAUAAAUACACCUUUGCAUGGCCAAUCAAGAAACCUAGAGUUUUAUUUUUGGAAAAAUAUCCUCAUUACUUGAAAAGCCUGUGAAUGAUAUAAAUUUCCCCUGUUUUCAAAGCCAAGAGUUAAAAAAAAAAAUCUAUUAAAACGGAUUUAUUUCAUUAUUUUUCUUACAAUAAUUAUCAAAGUAUCGAGUGACAAAUUUCAUCAACCUUUAAAUAUUUCAUUCUAUUCUUUUUUAUUAUUUGGUUCGUGUCGCUUCAAUUUUUUUUUUAACUCUCUUACCUCCAUGAAUAAAAGCGUUUUUUGAGGGGAACAACAAGGGAAGUCACAAAAAACUUAGUUUUUUGUGUGCGAUUAUUCUUUAGGGUUCCGAUAAGUAAGUGAGGUCAAAAAAAGGAAAUAAAUCCGUGAUUGAUACUAACAUAUCGUUGGUGAACGGUAACGAUAUUAAGCUGGGCUCACACACUUUUUUGCUGUAUACUUUGCUCUGUUACUCUUUUUUUUUUCCUGUUGAGCAAAGAGUUGAUUUCCUCUGCUACAUCUCGUAUAGUCGUUCUAAAGGAAUCCAUCACACAACUGCGGUACGUUAUUGGGAUGGGAUGGCGCUCGGCCUAGCACACAUCAGGGCCAUCGUCACACCACGGCCCUGUAACUGCCUUCUCGCCAGCGCGGGAGUUCCCACCAACGGGAAGUCCACCAAUCCCAUCCUAGCAUACGCCUGCUAUGAGUUCAGUAAACCAAAGACCAACGUGGCGGAGGUGGAUCCCGAGGAAAGCAGUAGGGAAAACAGCAACGAAUCCUCGUCAAGUGGGGCGGAACAGUCCCCCAGUGGGCGUGAGGCCACGGAAGAUAGGGCGUACUACGGUGCAGUGGGGCAUCUUGAGAUGGAUUCAGCCGCCGUGGUGGAUGACCGCGAUGGUGAUAUCACCCACGUUGUGGUGUCGCCCUCCCCCCCCGCGCAGCUUCCAUUCGGGGUAUUUGACGUGACGUUGAUGGCCCGUGCUGUGAUGGAGCCCUAUCUCAGUCAUUCCCCCCUCUCAGGCCAAAAUGAUGAGGCCGAAAAAAAAAACCAACUCAAUGGAUGA